GAGUCGGUCGGCACGUGACCUUGUCGGGCAGGGUGGCCAGGUAUAGUGACAGCAUCUGCUUGUGCUAGAAGUAAGAAUGUGGAAUGCCAGGCAGGGUUCCCAGUGCACUUGAUAAGAGAUUGAAUCAGACCCUCUAUCGCUUUAUGUUUCCUCGACAUCGGAACUCAAACAAACACCAAAGCCCCGAGCAAGUGGAGCAACGCUCUACAGCAUAACAAAAACCAAAGAGAUCUCAAUAGCAAUCAAAGAAGUCCAUGAUGACCGACGAAGAAUCCCAACCCCCAACGGAGCUCUUCGCCAUCCCCGAACCAACCGUGACCUUCCUCCCGGAGACCGACCCCGCCCACCCGACGGUCCUCCUGGAACCCUACCACGUCGACCUCCUCCCGGAAUACGACUACAUCAGCCAGGAGUACCUGAUCUCGGGCGCCGCGCAGGGCCACUCGUACUGCACGCGCCUGCUGCUCCGACGGCCCGCAGACCCCGCCCGGUUCUCGGGGUUCGUGGUCGCCGAGCCCUCGCACCUGUGGGGCGGGACGAGUAUCUGGCGGCAUGUGAAUCGGUGGGUGAUGCGGAAUGCAACGCGGAUUGAUGGAACGGACCUGGAAGAGAAUGCAUCUAACACAACCCCUGCCGGGGGAAUGAACGGGAUAGACCACGCCUGGCUCGAGAUCGACUCGCAAGCCCCCUCCGCGAUCGGGAAGCUCAAGAACGUCGAUCCCGAGCGCUACGCAGCCAUGGCCUUCACGCCCGGCCCGACCUGCGAUGAGUUCUCGGACAACAUUCCCGUCGCGGACGGGAGCGAGGAAGAACCUCUCUCCAAAGAGCAACUCUGGCAAGCCUACGACGCCUUCAAAGCGCAAUGGUGGCCCGCCACGACCCAGUCCCCGGAGAUCCUCACCGCGGCGUCGCACGCCCUCCGUGCGGGCCUGCUGGGCGGCUUGACGGCGCGGUGGGUGGUGCUCAGCGGCCUCUCGCAGACUGGUGGCCUUACUCGGCGGUUCAUCACGCACUCCGGACAUUUGAGGUUGCCGGAUGGGGAGAAGGCUCCGUUUGAUGGGUUUUUGCCGUGUCAGUCGGGCGGGACGGUGCCUUUGCCUGAUUGUGUGUCCGGGGGUAAGAUUUUUGAGUUGCUGGGGGAAUCGGAGUUCUUGUCGGUGCGGUACCCCUGUGGGGUGAGUGGGCAGAUGCAUUGGGAGAGGACGGCGCAUCGGAGGCCCCAGAGCGAGGGGUAUAGGCUGUAUGAGGUGGCGGGGAUGGGCCAUCGCGAGUCGAGGUAUUUUUCUGCGGUGGAUCGGGUGCGGUGGGGGGAGAGGCCAUCUCUCCCUGGGGUAGAGGAGUCUGGGGAAGGUGAGGGAGAGGGGGUGAGGUGGAGUACUGUCGCGAAUUCGUUCAUCUAUCAUGCUGUGUUUGAAACGAUGCGGCGGUGGAUUGUUGAGGGUGGAGACGGCGGGUUCACGCCGCCGGAUAGUGUGUGGAUUCGGACCGUUGGUGAGACAGAUGAGAUCGCGCGCGACCGCUUUGGGAAUGCAUCGGAUGGUGUUCGGACGUUGCAUACUGAGGUGCCGGUGGCGAUAAUCGUGGCGGCGACGCCUCGCGGGAGGCCGAACUGGUAUUGUGGCUCGGAAUGGCCGUUCACGGAGGAAGAAUUGCUGGCGCUGUAUGGAUCGGUGGCUGCAUAUCGCAGGCGGGCGGGGGUGGCGAUUGCCCGUCAGAUGAAGUCGGGCUUCCUUUUGCCUGAAGAUGCUGAGGUUCUUCGGCGCGAGACAGUGGAACGAGUGCAUUUCUGAAGGAGCGGAACGCAUGAAUGGGCUCAGCAUACACUAAUUGCACUAGCUAUGGGGAGAUAUGUCGGAAUGUGAAUAUGAGAUAAG